AUGGGUUCUCCUCAGGACUUCAAGUCCGUUCAGGACAAGAUUCAGAGCGCGCUCGUCGCCGUCACCAGAUCCGUCAACACAAUUGCCGCCGAAGACCUCAGCUUCCACCGGACCAGUAACCCCACCGUCGAGGAAGAACUCGACGAUACCACCUCCCGCCUGCUCACCCUCACUUCGUCCCUGCUCAAGUCUGCGACUAAGAGUACCCAGCUCCAGGUCCCUGAUCUGGAGGACACCGACGACGUCGACGUGCAUUGGUCGCGCGUGGUGGAUGUAGUCGACACCCUGCUGGAGAAGGCCGACACGAGCCUGGAUGAAUACACCGGUGCCAUCAAGAGGAAGGCUGGCCCAGCGUCCGAACAACCCGUCCCGCCAGGCAAGAAGACAAGAUACGCCCUCGAACCUUCCGUCCGUCGCGCCAACGUCCUCAAGCCGCAGAACGCAUUUGAGGUCAAGCCCGACAAUCUACACUCGACACCAUGGAAGCCGCUGCUGACUCACAAGCCACACGCCAUGGUCCCGCUGGAAAAGAGUCUUGGAACCCUGAAUGAUGAAUCCCAGACUGCACAGUACGACUACUCGCUUUUCUUGCCCCAGUUGUUCCAGACGCGCCGUGAUAACCUUCAAGCGUCGAGAGCUGACAGCAAGUUCAGAUUCAAGCAUCCCUACGAGACCGAAAUCCUCAACCUUGACUACCCGGAGUCUGUAUUUGAAACCACCGCACCUACCAAAUACCUUCCCUUCGAGACGACCACCGCCACCUUCGUCAACGCAUUCGAGGGUGUCCUGUUGAUGCUUGAGGAGCUCAGGGGAGCUACGGAGAUUGCCAUCGACACGGAACAUCAUGACUUCAGGACAUACAGUGGACUUCUUUCGCUGAUGCAGAUCAGCACCCGCGAGAAGGACUGGAUAGUCGAUACCCUGCAACCGUGGCGCCACAAGCUAGAGGUUCUGAAUGAGGUGUUUGCCGACCCAAAGAUUGUCAAGGUGCUUCAUGGUGCAUACAUGGAUAUCAUAUGGCUCCAGAGAGACUGCGGUCUCUACAUAGUUGGACUCUUUGACACAUUCGAGGCUGCAUGCGCCUUGCAAUAUCCUGCGCGAAGUCUCGCAUACCUUCUUAAAAGAUUUGUCGAUUUCGAUGCUGACAAGAAGUAUCAACUGGCCGACUGGCGUAUACGUCCGAUACCUGAUGAGAUGUUCUACUAUGCCCGAUCAGACACUCACUACCUCCUCUACAUCUAUGACAUGCUACGAAACGAAUUAUUGGAACGAUCCUCCGAUGAACCUGGCCAGAACCUGAUGCGUCAAGUACUCGACAAAUCAAAGGAGACAUCUUUGCGACGGUACGAGACAACCUCAUACGACGCAGAUGGAGGACAAGGUCCAUUCGGCUGGUUUAAUAUGCUCAUCCGCCAGUCUGCGGGCGGGUUCUCGAGAGAACAAUUUGCCGCAUUCCGCGCAAUUCACAAGUGGCGAGAUGAAGUCGCCCGCCGUGAAGAUGAGAGCCCCCUUUACGUCAUGAACAACGCAACGGUCUUCAGUGUCACUAGGGGCAUGCCACCAGACCCCAAAGCACUCCACGGGAUGUUGGACAAGCAUUCUUACCUCGCUAAACAAGAAGUGGCGGAGUUGUCGAAGAUAAUCAACCAGGCAAAAGCCGAGGGCGCGGACGGACCCAGCGUGGCCGAGGUUAUCCAGGGAACUGCGCCUUCCACCGCCAUGGGGGUCGGCGAUGUGGCCAAAGCGGUUUUCCCUCAGCUUAGAAACCCCGAGAAACAAGAUGCAAUAGAGACGAAAGAUCUGAUCUCUCAAACGUCUCGGUUAUGGGGCAAGGUUGCGAUGAGCAGUCGGUGGGAUCAAGGGGUCGACGUGGACAGUCCCAAAGGCUUGCAGUUUGAACUGCCUUGGGCCCGCUUCAUUCAGUCAGCUCAAUUACUAGACGAUCAGACCCAGCUUGCCGAGCAGACGUCAACUGCUGUCAACGGCACGACUGAACCCACCCCCGCACCAUCCGAGACAGCACCGCAAGAGCGAGAAGAUAACGAGUUUACGCUAAAGACUGGUCUGAAGCGCAAAGCCCCUGAGCCGGAUUCCGAAUCCGAGUCUGCGCCUGAAUCAGAAGACGACGACGAAGCAGCUCACCUGCCAGCGAUAAAGUCAACAUCCAUUGCGGGAGCGGAAGAAAUUGCGAUCGCCGACACGGACAACAGUGAAGAAGAGAGGAGAGAAAGGAAAGCCGCCAAGAAAGCUCGGAAGCAAGCACGCAAAGAGCGCCAGGAGCGUAAGGAGCGUAAGAAAGCCGAAAAGCUAGCGAAUCAGGCUAAGAGCUCCGGUGCUUCGACCAAGGACGAGCAGGGCGAGAGCGAAGACGACGAGCCUUUCGAUUACAGCAAGGCAAAAUCGGUGCUUCAUACAAAACGCAGUGCCAACACAGAUGGUGGCAAGCAACGAAAGGCUCGGUUCAAUCCCUACGGCAUGAGUGCCGACGGGCCGAAGCCUGCGCGCAGGAUGCAUGGUGAGAAGCCUGGUAAGAGUGCUACAUUCAAGAAAUGA